AUGAGAUUAGCUCCUAAACUCAAGACGAUGGCCGCGCAACCAUUACGCGUAAUUCGCAUAAUGGCCACAUACUUAGUCCGUCCGCCACGCACUGAGCGACCACAUAAGUCGCACAACAAACGGCACGCACUCCGGAAUAACAACUGCAGAACACCUCAACUGGAACCUUACAGUGGAGCUACACAGGAGAAGAAGACUUUACUUUCGAAGGAAGAUUUCACAGUACAUUCAAAGCAGCCAGAAGACCUACUCAUCGAAUUCCUCCUGCGAUGA